CUCUCCGGACAACAGCCGCCUGACAGCGCCCCUGGCUCAGAUCUGGGGACUUUCCUGUCCAGCCUCACGCCCUCACCAUGUUGUUCUGGCACAGUCAGCCUGAGCACUACUGGCCGGGGCCGGGGGAGAUGUACCCCUGCUCCGGCGGCAAUCUGCUCAGGGAGUCCUUGGCGCUGCCCUUCCUGAAGCAGGAGGAGCAGAACAACAUCUCCACGUCGGCUGAGCUGCACUGCCCGGCCUUCCAGUACGUGCUCUGCACCCCCACCUCGCCCGCCAUCAAACAGCACGAGGAGACCCUCACCUACCUCAACCAAGGCCAGUCCUACGAGAUCCGGCUGCUGUGCAACCCCAAACUGGGCGACUUUUCCGAGUGCCGGAAGCUGCUGAAGAGCGUGGCCAGGGUGGUGUUUCACGACCGGCGCCUGCAGUACACGGAGCACCAGCAGCUGGAGGGAUGGAGGUGGAACCGCCCCGGCGACCGCAUCCUGGACAUUGACAUCCCCCUGUCUGUCGGGGUGCUGGAGCCGCACAUCCACCCCACCCUGCUGAACACGGUGGAGUUCCUCUGGGACCCCACCAAGAGGACGUCCGUCUUCGUGCAGGUGCACUGCAUCAGCACCGAAUUCACGCUGCGCAAGAACGGGGGUGAGAAGGGCGUCCCCUUCCGCAUCCAGAUCGACACCUACAAGGCCAACGAGAAGGGCGAGCACGUGGAUCACCUGCACUCGGCCAGCUGCCUCAUCAAAGUGUUCAAGCCCAAGGGAGCGGACAGGAAACAAAAAACUGACCGGGAGAAAAUCGAGAAACAGUCACCGCAGGAGCGAGAAAAAUACCAGCCUUCCUAUGAGAGCACGGUGCUGGCAGAGUGCGCCCCCUGGCCAGAAGCCUCCAGCAGCCCCCACAGUCCCCCGGCCACCCCCGGACUCCCCUCUCCUCAUGCCUUCAAACUGCUGACCCCUGAAAGGGGUUGUUCCUCGCCCAGCUGCCCCUCAGACAGCCCAGCAGAGAGCACGGCCGAGGCUCUCAGUCCCUGUGCCUCCAUCUUGGAAACCCAGCAGUGGCUGCACAAGAAUCGCUUCUCCGGUUACUGCAGGAUGUUGGCUAAUUUCACAGGAGCCGACCUGUUGAAGCUUUCCCGCAGUGACCUCAUCCAGAUCUGUGGAGCGGCUGAUGGGAUCCGGCUCUCCCAUGCGCUGAAAGCCAGGUGCAUCCGCCCUCGGCUCACCCUGUACAUGUCCAGGGAGCCCCAAGCCAAUGGCAGAGACACCCCCGAGGACUCGCACCCAGCCCCGUACCAAGAGGUCUAUCUGGAAGAACUCACGGCUACGGAACUGACCAAUAAACUGGCAGAGAUGCUCAGCCUCCCAGCCAACCAGAUCCAGCAGGUUUCCAAGCAGGGCCCGACCGGGAUUCACAUCCUCAUCAGUGACUUGAUGGUCAGGAACCUGCCAGAUGAAUCCUGUUUCGUAGCAGCUGUUACCAAAGUGCAGGCUCCAGAAGGCUACCACUUAAUUUUAAGAUAGGCGCAGAGCGAUCUAGGACAGUUCAGCGCAGAGAAGUGCAAGGAGAGAAGCGAUGCCAAAUCACUGUCUGGACCCAAGGGAGAUUUCCCCACAAAGCAGCUGGUGGCGAGGCCAACAGGAGGAUUUCCCAGCGAGGCAGUCCCCUCCCAGUGCUGGAAAGAAUCUAGGCAGCCCAGGGGCUGCAUUCGUGAAAUGGUCACGUGCCCCCUGGUUGAAGACAUGCUCUGGUUUGUGUAGACUGUGGCACGUUAUGUUUACACUGAUGCUCCAUGGUGGCACUGUCUUACACAGCCAGUGGCCUCCUGCACGCAAGGGCUCGGCCAUAAGGAGUUCACCUCUAGGCUGUUGGUGCAAAUCCAGCGUAAGUCAGUAAUGAUAUUCGGUCACCUGGAGGCCUCUACGUCAGGAGGUUAGUGGGGGAAAUCUGUGGACAGAGGCCUUCUGGGCAGAAUUUCCAAAGCACCCAACCCCCUUGGGAACCUUUGCAAAUCCCUGCCUGCCGGGAAACCCCCUCACCCUCCUUUAAAUUCUCCCCUUCACAGACCUGACUGGUAAGCAAAACCAAACCUCAGGCUGAGGUAAGCAGGCUCCUUUAAAUAUUGUCUCCUCGGGCUUAAUAUUAACACUGAAAACCAACUGCCAUUUUUAGAGUUCUAUUUUUAUGUGGAUGGUGUAUUGUCUAAUCCGUUUUAUAUUAAAAAAAUAUCCGAGCUGAA